GGUCCCCGUGGUACGAUCAAACCUUGGCUACUACGCCGGAUCCCAUCAGAACUCCGCAGCUAAGCGCCAGUGGGCGAGAAUAGUACUGGGCAGGGUGACCUCUCGGGAAGUCCUCGUGGUCCCCGUGGUACGAUCAAACCUUGGCUACUACGCCGGAUCCCAUCAGAACUCCGCAGCUAAGCGCCAGUGGGCGAGAAUAGUACUGGGCAGGGUGACCUCUCGGGAAGUCCUCGUGGUCCCCGUGGUACGAUCAAACCUUGGCUACUACGCCGGAUCCCAUCAGAACUCCGCAGCUAAGCGCCAGUGGGCGAGAAUAGUACUGGGCAGGGUGACCUCUCGGGAAGUCCUCGUGGUCCCCGUGGUACGAUCAAACCUUGGCUACUACGCCGGAUCCCAUCAGAACUCCGCAGCUAAGCGCCAGUGGGCGAGAAUAGUACUGGGCAGGGUGACCUCUCGGGAAGUCCUCGUAACUCCGCAGCUAAGCGCCAGUGGGCGAGAAUAGUACUGGGCAGGGUGACCUCUCGGGAAGUCCUCGUGU